AUGGAACAAGAAAUGGAUAAUAGUAGUUUAUUAUUUGAAAAUAAUGAUAAUAAUAGAAUAACGACAAAUGAACAUACGAAUACUGUUAAAAAAUGGACAAAAAAAUCAUUAUUUCGAUUACGUUCAUCUUCAUUUCAUCAUCAUGAAUCAUUUGAUAAUGGAAAUUAUAGAUUUCAACGAACAACCACAUCAUCACUAAAAGAUGGCACAUUUCCUCUAUUUCGACGAUUUUAUUUAACACAUAGUUCAUUAAAACGAACACGUCGUCAUUUAAAUAUAGUUUUUAAACGAUCAUCAAAAUUAAAUAAAAAAAUAUUUUGUCAUGAAAUUAUUUUUAUUAUUUUAUUUACAUUAAUUAUAACAAGUUUAUUACUAUUUGUUCUAUUUCUUGAUUUUUUCUAUUUAAAUGAAAGACAACAACGAUCAUCAUCUUCAAUGAAAACUAUUAAUAAUGCAUUAAAUGAAUUAAACGAUUGUUUGGCGACAUCAGGUAACAUUACAACACAAUUAUUUGCACAACAAGUAAGUUAUUACUUUAGGAUAAAAGAUUCAAUAUUCAAUUCGUUGCUGGGCAUUUUUCCAUAGAGCAGGCGGACAUCUGGUUUUUUUGAGUUAAAAAAUGAUUAUUUUUUGCAUAAUAUAGUUUUAUUAUGUGUCAGAUAUUAAUAGAAGUAAAAAAAAGUCGAAUUUGAAAUAAAAAAUGUGUUUUCAAUGACAAAUCUCUAAAGGUUACCCCUGAUCCU